AGUACGCACUGGGUACUAUAUAUAGAGGGGCAUAUCCACCCGAAUGUAGACAGAUCUACAGAUAAUUUUUGAGUUCUCAACGUCCGCGACACUUAAAGUCAAACGAUGUCACAAGCUGAGAUGAUGACGAGUCCAUGGACCCUGGACCCCGCCGUGAUGCUGGACUACCUCUCCCUCCUCAAUGCAUCAUCAUCAUUAUCGCCCUCCUCCUCCCUACAGUCCCGAUCCCCCACACCCUCACCAGCAUCUUCCAUCCUCGACCCAACAAGCCCAACCCACUCCCACACCGACGACGAAUACACCAAAACAAUCCACAACCACCCCCGACCACCCCGCCACUCCGCCCAACCAAGGAGACUACCCACGAAAGCCCCGCGGAAACGCGGCCGGCCGAGGAUGAUCGACCAGAUCACGGGGGAAGUCGACGACGCCGCCACCAAGGAGCGCCGCAAAAUCCAAAUCCGCGUGGCGCAGCGCGCCUACCGUUCGCGCCAGCAGGAACGCACCGCCCUCCUGACGCGGCAGGUGCACGAGCUGGAGCAGAAGCUGCUGAUUGCGAGGAACAUCUACCUCCACACGCACGCGACGGCGGUGAUGGGGUGCGGAGACCCAGCCGGGCUCGAUGGGGGCAGGGGCGGCGGCGGCGGAGGAGGAGGAGGCGGUGGAGGAGGGUACUCGCGGACCCUGCAGGAUAAUCUCCGGCUGCUGCUGGCGAUCACGGAGGUGGAUGCAGGUGGGAAAGAGGCGACGGGGUCCGAGGGGGAGGAGGAUAAGAGGGGAGGACUCUGGGAGCCGCGGGACGACGACGUGAAGGCGUCGUAUCCGCUCUACCCGGGUCAUGGGAAUGGGCUGUUGCCGUCGACGCCCGGGGGGUUGUUGCCGGGUGGGAUGUUUGAGGAUCCGUUUGAUGUGGAUCUGUGA